UUCCCCAAUCCCUAAUUUCGGAAGGAUUGAAGGAUCCUUCGGCCGUCCCGCCACAACCUCCGCCGCCCGCUGUCGCCUUACGCGCUUAACUUCGCAUAUAGACAUGGCAACAUUUUCUGGGUCAAUUCUGAAUUUCUCAGGUAUUAAAAUCCUGGCAAAUGGUGCUGGCUACCCUAAUGUGCCAUUGCUCCAGAUUCACAAGUGCGAUGCAACCGGAUUUAGUAAAUUUCACCAGGAGACUGGAUCAGCAUCGAGAAGGAAGCUGUCGUUUCAUGGGCGUGCCAUCCCAACGCCUAUUUUAUGUGCUGCAGGAAGAAACUAUGAACUGGAUCACAAUGAUGACUAUCAUAAAGAGCCUUUCUGGUUAAGCACGAUCCAAACAGUCACCUGGGCCACUCGGAGCUUGUUUCUGUUUUUAGUUGAACAGCCAAGCCAGCUUAGAUAUAUUGAAUGGCCAAGUUUUCAGAGCACGCUGAAGACAGCAAUGCUGACUCUUGUUCUUGUUGCCUUGCUCAUCGUUGCACUGUCCUCGGUCGAUUCUGCCUUGUCUUAUCUGCUGGCUUUAUUUUUGAGGAGAAAGGCAUGGCUGUGGAAAUAACCUUGCAUGUUGCAAGAUGAAGCGGUCGAGCAUUAGCAAAAUACCCACGGCUUUGGAGGCAUCGAGUGUAAGGAAAAGUCGAAAGUCUCCAUGGUUUCCGAGGUAGCUUAACCUGAGAUAAAAUUCAUGGGAAAAUUGCCCCUUGAUGCUAUCGAACUUGUGUAUAACUAGGCUGUCUCAAGAUUGGCUGCAUCUUUCAGCCUCUGCAACUAGUAAUUGUUAGGUAUUAUCUACUUAUUUCUCUAUACAUAAAUUAUGUUGGUCUAUUGAUAUCAUUUUCAGAAAGUAGUGCAGUGCAUUUGACUUUUUGUAUUAUAUGCCAAGACUUGGUAUCAUUAUUGUUUCAAAAAUAUUACGAUGAGCAUCAUUUGCCGA